CGAAGAAUAUCCGGGUCUCUGUCCCCCACCCCAACCGCACCACCGUCCCGCGGUCGUCCCUCUCCAACGCCACCUCCUCUCCCUCUCUCUCUCCCUCUCCCUCUCUCUCUUCCCCUUUUUUUCUUCCUCUCUUUUGCUAAAUAAAGCAAAUCCGAAGGUACCCAUUUGCCCCUUUGUCUCUCUCUCGAUCUCUCCCUGUCUCUCUCUGGAUCGAGUCUCCUUCAAGACCCAACCGCGCUCGCUCCCGCAAGCGUCUCUGGGCGCGGGGGGGCGGCGGCGGCUGCGGCGGCGGCCGGCGGUCAACUGUGCCGGGCGGUCCUUGAACCGGGGAAUCUUUUCUCCCUGCUCGAUCGCGGUGCUUGGUGGGUCUGUUUCGGGUUUGGACAGAGAGCUGGUGUUCCUGGUUUGAUGGGAUUGAAGAAAUUUAGUCCUUGGUCUUUAAUUCCUGUAGAGUUGCGCGAGUAUAAACCUCUUGGUUAUAAGAAUUGCUUAAAGCUGAAAAAGGUGAAGAAGAUCAAGGACAUGAUCACAUAUGAAGUGUUCUAGUAUUUUUAUGAUAUAAAUUGUUAGAAAAUGGAUGAGGAGGCUAAUUCCUGGAUAAGGAGAACAAAAUUCUCACAGACAGUUUGUUAUAGGCUAGAUUCUUCAAGAUUGGUCUCGAUUCCCUUUACAAUUGAAGCAAAUCGGAAUCCUGGACUUAAGUCAUGGCCAGCUAUAGCGGUCUCAAGCCAGAAGCCCAGUUCUAGUAGUUCACAGAUUCGAAGAAAUCCAGUUACAAAUAAACAGAGAUCUUUAUCCCCACAUCCAAAGACGGUCCUAUCUGAUGUGUUUAAGGAAGCACGCUCUGACAAAAAGAGAUUUUCAACUCCCUUGCCACAGAGGAGAGAAGCUGAGAAGGGUAUUAGGAGAAAACCCUUGCAUAGGGAAUCCCAUGAAUCCAAGGCUCGGAAUUCCGAUUCAUCAUCAAAUAGUAGCCCAUUGAGGCAUUUUGCUUCAAUGAAACGCAAUGACAAAGUUAAAAGCAGGAAGGAUUCUGCCUGGACUAAAUACUUUGAUCAUUCUGGGGGAAGGGUUAUGGCUGUUGAUGGAACAGAUGAAUGGGUUGUGGAUAUGUCUAAACUAUUACUUGGUCUCAGAUUUGCCCAUGGCGCACAUAGUCGGCUUUAUCAUGGGAUAUACAAGGAUGAACCUGUUGCUGUAAAGAUUAUUAGGGUUCCAGAUGAUGACGAAAAUGAAGUCUUGGCUACAAGAUUGGAAAAACAAUUCACUAGGGAAGUAACUCUUUUAUCCCGUCUUCACCAUCAGAAUGUUAUAAAGUUUGUUGCCGCAUGCAAGAAGCCACCAGUUUAUUGCAUCAUUACGGAAUAUCUAUCAGAAGGUUCUUUGAGGGCUCACUUGCAUAAGCUUGAAGACAAAUCAAUACCCAUGCAAAAGCUUAUUACAACAGCUCUUGAGGUUGCUCGUGGAAUGGAGUAUGUUCAUUCACAAGGGGUCAUUCAUCGCGACCUCAAACCAGAGAAUAUCCUAAUCGAUCAGGACUUCCACCUGAAAAUUGCUGAUUUUGGCAUUGCUUGUGAUGAGGCUUACUGUGAUACUUUAGCUGAUGACCCAGGAACUUACCGGUGGAUGGCCCCUGAAAUGAUCAAACGCAAAUCUUAUGGGCGAAAGGUUGAUGUUUAUAGUUUUGGUCUUAUAUUAUGGGAAAUGGUGGCUGGCGUAAUCCCAUAUGAAGACAUGACUCCCAUACAAGCUGCUUUUGCGGUGGUUAAUAAGAAUCUGAGACCAGUAAUCCCCAAGGAUUGCCCACUGGCUCUGCAUGAUCUCAUUGAGCAGUGCUGGUCCUUGCAACCAGAGAAGAGGCCCGAGUUCUGGCAGAUUGUCAGAGUAUUGGAACAGUUUGAGGUUUCGCUUGCUCGUGAUGGAACACUAAAUCUGGUGGAGAACAUGACUUUCCAAGACAAGAAAGGGUUGCGUCAUUGGAUCCAAAAGCUUGGUCCGCUGCACCAUAAUAGUUCAUCCGCCUCUAAACCAAAGUUCACAUGACUCUUCUGAGCUUGCCUAGGACUCGAUUCACGUGAAUUCGACUCCUAAGGCUUCAAGAAUUAUACUGAACUCCAUCCAGAAUGAAGUCUGCUUGAACCCCUUUGAUGGCAGUGCAGAUUCACUUGUAGAUCGAUGGGUAGACUCGUGCGCAUGUAUCAAAGUGUAAAGGCCCUUCCUGUAGAUGUUAUAGGUAUGUAUGAUUGGAUCAUUGGUGUUGGAAAAAUGCUGACAUAUAAAUUUAUCUUGGCGAUUUUUAAAGCAGUAGAUGUUUGUCGGA